AUGAUACAAAGAGAGUUAUGGGUAUUCUGGCUAGGAGAGCAAGGAGACCAUCCUUCUAUUCUAAGUAGUUUGCAUCAGUUAGAAGACUCGGCAUGCGGUGGCGUUUUCUCCUGGGAAGAUUUUGAGUCUUCUACGAUACAAUAUCGUUUAUUCAUAAAAUCGAUUAAAAAUUUGAUAGACAGUGACCUGGAAUCACUCGAUAACGCACAGGCAAUACUGGUACCUUCCGGCUCGAGGGCGAAAUUAUUAUCCACCAGACGUUAUAGUGACGAGGAGGCGUCGAUAAUAUUGAAUGAGUUUAAGACCUUUUUUGACAUCGAUGCCAUGAGAAGGUCAGAAACAGAUAGCACGUAUUUACCUCCUUUAGUUCAAGUGUCGAUAACUCACGAGACGAUAACAAAGGAGUUCCCCUACCCAUCGCAAUGUAUAUAUAUAGUCACCGAGGGCAAUAUAAGUUAUCACCGUGGAAUUCCGGAUUUUGGAAUGGGACCUGUAUUAUGGGAAAAUUUGGGUGAUGGAUUUACGAAUAGUGUAUCAUUAAAAGAGCGCCAUCUGGUAAAUAAUAAAUUGAAUAACAUAGAUUGGUGGAAUUAUAGUGAUCCGCUUCGUGAGAUUAUGAAUAUGCAAAGGAAUUUUCAAGAUUUAAAUGCUUCAUCACCAACCGGCCCAGAAACAACGAUGACUCCAAACACUCCCGGAAUAAUCAAUGGACCCUCAAGCGCGAAUUCUCCUGGGCAUCCUUUGACACCCGCGUCGAGAUCCAAAAAGAGACCAAUGGAGACCAAGGCUUAUCCAUCUCCACCAGAUGUGAUUCAGCCUCUAUCGACGGAAGUGACCAUGUCACCGGCAAUCAGCGAAGGUUUGAUUCCUAUGGCUGAUGAUAUGAUAGGUAUCAUCGAGACAGACUAUGAAACGCAAGACUAUGAUUUCAAUGAAUUGAUGACCGAGGAGGUGACCGAGGAUGACUUUAAAAACUUUGACAAUGCCAGUAGUGAGCCUUCUCAUACGCAUAUUCCAACUUCAUUGAAUUAUUUGACGCCGGCACCCGAACCUCCAUCGUCAUUGGUAACCGAGUCGACUUCUACCCAGGCCAUGAGUCCUCCCAAGAAAAUGAAAAGUUAUAUCAAUAUAAGCCUCGAGUAUGAAUGUGAUCGGGAUCCCAAUCCGCUAAUCCCGGAAGAUUAUGUGCCUCUGAAAUUUUCCAAUCAUGUCGAUGAGAAAAAGUACCUACCCGGAGGAAAAUUUUACCAGCCACCUAGUCGGAAAAAACGAAAGAGAGGAAAAAUGGUGUACUUAUAUGGCCCAGAUGGACCAUCACAAUUUGAUGGUUCCAAAAAGCACAAAGGUACGAAAAAAACGACAACCAAGGAGGACAUAGUGGUUCCCAAGGAAGAUUCCGAUGAAUUCGGGUCCGAAAUCGAAGAUUCUGAUUAUAGCAGCGAUUCGGGCAGCUCAAUGUCGGCCGAAUCGGAUUACGAAAGUGAUGUGACCGAAGGUGUAAAUUCUCGUAAAUUGGAAUUCAUAAAUGCCGGACGUUUAACAAUGGUCUUCGAUCUGCAUGAUCUUCAUGGUAGACGUCAACUACGUACGGUAAGCGAAUCAGAAUCAAAAGACCCUAGUACAGAAGCAGCACUCAAAUGCCUGCGCGAACAAAUAGUAUUGGGCUCUUAUCCAUUUGGUGUUGGUAUCAAUGGAGAAGGAGAGAGUACACACGAGUUGCUCGAAUCUCACAGAUGUCUUGUGGAGAAUUUAAGUAGCGGACUUCCAACGGCUUCAGUGCUUCCAUUCGAGAUGGGUAAAGUCAUAGCCGAUUGCAAAUCUGCCUUGGAUGAUAUUUCUAAAAAGUUACCGAGAUCACAGGAUCACUCGGAAUUGUCCGUCAACGGACCACUCACAGUUCAAAAUUAUUAUAAUCUCGGUGGUUGUCAAUUAUUUUCACCAUCGAAUCAAGAGAUGAGAGAUGACGACGGGGAGCCGGUAUUCAAUUUCCAAGAAUUCUCGACGCCCGAUAUCAUCGCAAGCGCCAAUGAACUUCUAAUUGAGACAUCUCCCGAAAUUAUCAAGUUUUGGGAUACACACAAGUUGACACCAUAUGAUGGGGCAAAGAAUGUGAGAUACCUUGUGCUUUAUCCUGAAUCAGAUCACCUACGUAACUACGUUGAAUACUUUGUCGAUGAGUUGCGCGUUCAAUACGAGCAUCUUUGUGCCCUUGGAACACACGAACCCGUGACGUCGUCCGGUUACAAUCGUGGACUCGUGCCGAUACCGCUGAAAGCGCCUUCUCCGAACGAGUCAUCAUUAGCACGUCAGAUUCAUAGUUAUGAAAUUGCAUGUGAAAAACUCGAUAUGCAAGGAAAGCAUAUCGGCAGUGACACACUUUUGACCACCAAUCCCAUGAGACAGGCCAUUCAUAAAAAAAUUUUAUUCACGGAGGCUUGGAACAAAACGCUAACUUUUAGUCAAGAGGUUAUGGGAGGAUGUCGGAAGACGAUGAUCACCAAACUCGGGGUUAUGACCAAAGAAGAAAGGGAUUUGUGGAUGGAAAUCACCGGGAAGAAGAUUCCCAUUCUGGCGAUUGACGUCGAGUCAUCGUUAUCUAUCGAUCCUACAAUCAAGGUGGCCAAUCCGAAAAAAUUUAAGGUGUGCGGGAUGGUGUUAAACGACCCCAUUCCACUUUACGACUAUCGACCUCUCGUGACCGGAUAUUUGCUUGAGAUGGACACCGCCGAAACGGUAUCUAGCGCAUUCCAGGUUGAUUUACUUCAUUAUCCCGAAGAAGGUGAUAAGUCCAUCCCCUCUGCCAUGUGGGAAAUACUUAAGAAAUUCCAUACGCUUACGUUCAUGGAGGUAACACCAAUUCGCACAUGCCUCCCCCUACACGUUCUGUCUGUGGAACGUCUGGCGCGAGCAUUUGUUGGUGCGCCCACGUAA